GUCUGGUCGCCUCUCUCUUCUCCCACUCCCCACCUCUCCGCCGCCGUCAAACUCCACGCCUCGCCGGUGCGAACUGGGAGAGUUGGGGCGCACAAGACAAGACUAGUGAGCGACGUCCGAUCUGCAGGCGGGCGGUGUCGCGGUCGAUCUGCAGGUGGAUGGGGAUGGACGCGCACCUCCACGACCGAGGACUCCUCCGUUGACUCCUGCUUCGACGCCGACAAGGAUGGUGUCUGAUUGCUUUUGCCCGAGUGUCCAAACUAAUUGAGUCCACUCCUUAUUAUCUCCAAAAAAGGAGAAUUGAAAGUCUCCGGUCCAAGCUAAUGACCAAAUCUUGGGUAGAAAUUCCAACCUCAGCCUGUCAUUGUUGACUGUCUGAAUCAACAAAAUCUAGCUGCAACUUGACUACAGGAAACGUUUGCCCUGAUGGCCAGGCCAUACUCCUAUAUAUUGCAGCAUAAGAGAGAAGCUGCUCUGUCUCAUUUCCAUCUGCCAUUUCCAACCAACAUGAUUAAGCUUGGGCUCCUCAUCCGAGGAACUGCGCUGCUCCUUUGCCUAUUGAUCUUCCGAGCAGCACACUCUUUGAGAUUAGCCAUCAAACAAAAAUGGGUUCCUCCAUUUAGAUUGAAGGUCGCAGGUUUCGCUUCAUGCCAAGUGGGACCCAGUUUUCCAGAGUGGCUUAGAUGGCAAUCUGACAUUGAUGUUCUUGUUCUUAGUAAUGCAAAUCUAGAUGAUGUUAUUCCUGAUUGGUUUUGGGUGACAUUUUCCCGAGCUUCAUUCUUGCAAGCAUCAGGAAACAAAUUGCAUGGCUCAUUACCGGCAGAUCUACAACACAUGUCAGCUGACCACAUAUAUCUUGGGUCCAAUAAGUUUACCGGACAAGUUCCACGGUUACCUAUAAAUAUAUCAAGACUAAACCUAUCUUCAAACUCUUUCUCUGGGUUAUUACCAUCAGAGCUGAAUGCUCCACUACUUGGAGAGUUUUUGCUUGCUAAUAAUCAACUUACAGGCACCAUCCCGUCGUCUAUAUGCCAGUUGACUAGACUGAAUAGGUUGGACCUAUCAGGAAACCAUCUUACUGGAGAUAUUAUACAGUGCUGGAAGGAAUCUGAUGCAAACUCUACAAAUCAAUUUGGUUUUGACAUGCUAAGCUUAUCCCUGAAUAACAACAGUCUCACUGGUGAAUUCCCUAAGUUUCUUCAAAGGUCGUCAAGGUUAAUGUUCCUUGAUCUUUCUUACAAUAGGUUAUUUGGAGGAUUGCCAGAAUGGUUGCCAGAAAAAAUGCCGCAUCUGAAAAUAUUAAGAGUGAGAUCAAAUAUGUUCAGCGGUCAUAUUCCAAAGAAUCUCACUUCCCUUGACAGUCUCCAUUAUUUGGACAUAGCAUACAACAACAUAUCAGGAAGCAUAGCAUGGUCUUUGUCAAACCUGAAGGCAAUGAUGACAGUGGUGUCGGAGGACACAGAGGAUUACAUUUUUGAAGAGAGCAUCCCAGUAAACACGAAGGACCAAAAACGUGACUAUACCUUUGCAAUCUACAAGCUACUAGUGAUUCUUGAUUUGUCAAGUAAUAGUUUGACAUGGCAUGUUCCGGAGGAGAUAACUCUACUCAUUGGGCUUACCAAUCUGAACUUGUCAAAUAAUCAACUCACAGGGCCAAUCCCAAACCACAUUGGUGAUUUAAGGCAGUUGGACUCACUCGACCUAUCCUUCAAUGAGUUUUCUGGUGCAAUACCAUCAAGUUUGUCAGCUUUAACUUAUUUGAGCUACUUGAACUUGUUAUACAACAAUCUGUCCGGUGCAAUACCAUCCGGACAACAACUACAAGCUCUUGAUAACCAGAUGUAUAUCUACAUCGGCAACCCUGGCCUUUGUGGAGGUCCUGUCGGCGGGAACUGCUCAUCACAUAAUGCAGAGCAAAGUGGCCUCGGAGAUAUGAAUGAUAUGCCUUCCCUUUACAUUGCCAUGAGCAUUGGGUUUGUGGUGGGUCUGUGGACAGUUUUCUGCACCAUGUUGAUGAAGAGAACCUGGAGGGAUGCGUUCUUCCGGUUUAUUGAUAGGACGUACGACAUGGUUUAUGUGCAAGUCGCUAUAAGGUGGGCUCACGUGAUGGAGAAAACUCAAGAAAGUGCACCAUGAAGUGGCCAACUCUGCAGCAAGUAAAUUGUUUGUAUCUAAAUAUUAUCUGUAUGUUUGCACCAUAUCACUAUUUGUAGCUCUAAAUUAGCCUGGACGUAUGUACUGUUUUGUAUUGUUAUUUGUAUGUUGCCACCUUAUCUCUAUUUUUAGCUCUAAAUGAGCCUUGGCUGGA